UGGACGAAAGCAUAAGAGAAGACAAGUGUCUAUUAUCCUCCUUUGCUGGAUUUUCACACUACCCUCUAGGAUUUCUCCUCAUCGGCUCUUUGGAGCCCAUCCACAUACUUCGUCCGCUCCCCUCCGUUCCUUCCGCUGACACCCCGCCCCCUCGCGCCCCCUAUAAAGAUCGGAGACGUUCGAUUUCUUCGGUUUGGAAUGGCGGUGAAGGGCGUUCUGAACAGCUUCAUCUUCGCAACACCGCCGUCUUCUUUCAUGGAAGCCCCUUCCGAUAGGCUUUUCCUCGUGGGCCAACCCCUCAGGCACUCGUCUCCGAAGAUCUCAGGAAAAGAAGCUGUACAAAAGCGCUGUGUUAUUGUAUCAAGAAGGUUAUCAGGGUUGGAGGAAGCCAUGCGAAUUCAAAGGUUACGGGAGCUUCAAAGCUCAGUAAAAAUAAGAAAGAGACCACCAUUAAGGCGUGGAAAGGUCUCUGCAAGGCUUCCUGUGCCAGAACACAUCUCCAGACCUCCUUAUGUGGGUUCAAACAUGUUGCCAGAACUCUCUAAUGAAUAUCAAGUACAUGAUGAUGAUGGUAUUGCUCACAUGAAAGCUGCCUGUGAGCUUGCUGCACGUGUUCUGAAUUUUGCAGGAACACUGGUUAGGCCAUCUGUAACAACAAAUGAAAUUGAUAAAGCAGUGCACAAGAUGAUUAUCGAUGCGGGCGCUUAUCCUUCCCCACUUGGUUAUGGAGGAUUUCCAAAAAGUGUCUGCACAUCAGUCAAUGAGUGCAUGUGCCAUGGAAUACCUGAUUCCCGCCAGCUACAGAAUGGAGACAUAAUAAACAUCGACGUGACUGUUUAUUUGAAUGGAUACCAUGGGGACACUUCAAAAACCUUUCUAUGUGGAAAUGUUAAUGAACCUACGAAACGCCUUGUAAAGGUAACUGAGGAGUGCUUACAGAGGGCCAUAUCUUCCUGCAAAGAUGGUGCUAGCUUUAAGAAGAUUGGCAAGAAAAUAAGUGAGGUUGCUGAAAGAUAUGGUUAUGGUGUGGUGGAACGUUUUGUUGGGCAUGGUAUUGGGACUGUAUUUCAUGCCGAGCCACUUAUCUUGCAUCAUCGUAAUGAUAAAUCUGGGUGUAUGGUUGAAGGUCAAACUUUUACCAUUGAGCCCAUUCUCACAAUGGGAAGCAUUGACUGUGUUACAUGGGAUGAUGGAUGGACAACAGUUACGGCUGAUGGCGGCCGGGCUGCACAGUUUGAGCAUACAAUAUUGAUUACGAGGACUGGUGCGGAGGUUUUGACAAAGUACUAAGGUCUGGAGAUAUGGACCCAUUCCUGACUGGUUUGCUUGUGUCUGGCAAUCUUAAAUUUUGCAAAUCUAGUUUCCGUCUUAGGAAGCUAAUGUGAGCAAAUCCACCUAGAAGUUACAUGUAAAAUUUUCUAGUAGAAUUUUUUUUUUUUGGUGGUCUCUGAGCUUAUGAUAUUACUAAUAACUAUACUCAUUUCUGGAAAUGACAUCUUACCACUGAAUAAAUGUUUUUAAUUGAGCUGA